UUUAUCCUUGGUCUUUAAAAGGACACGCUGAGAACCCAUGUGAUCAUUUGAAAGGUAGACGUCCUGUUGUUAGGCAUACAGUAGUCAGCGUAGGAACUCAACAUACGAGAAGUCAGUGAAGAGAAACAGAGAUCAACAGCGUGAUAAAGAGGAAAGAACCAACAAGCUCGUGCGCACGUAGUCUCCGUCAUUGGAUUGAUCUAUACUUCGUCAUUUUUGGAGGUCCAUUCGGCUGUGAGCCAGACACAAUCAUGAUCCUGCUGUCUCCCUCUGGUCUCUUCCAGUGUACCAACAAGCUUUUUCUGAGCGAUGACAUCACGGGACUCCAGAUCAAGGAGUUUGCACGUAAAAAUGCAGCCAAUGCUCUGUCUGUUGCUAACAUGGUCAUGGGCAUGGCCUCCAUUCUGAGCAGUCUAAAUGGGCACCAUCAUGCUGCCUGUUGGCUGGUUCUGAUUGGCUACCUUCUGGAUUUGGCAGAUGGAGCCGUUGCCAGGCGACUCGGUGCCUGCUCUGCACUGGGUGCGAAGCUCGAUGAUUUUGCUGACUUCACAACCUUUGGGAUUGCCACCUCAUUGCUCCUAAGGACACCUGACCUGCUGGACAACAUCCUAUGUUUGUGUUACGUCAUGUCUGUGUUUGUCCGCCUGUGUUUCUUUUCAAGUGGGAUCCCAUUCGUGUAUCGUGGACUGCCCUGCAUCUACUCCUCAGCCAUCCUGGCCAGUGCCUCUCUGCUGUCGGGGGGAAAUAUGGCCUUGCUGCGUAUCAUUGCAGUGGCCAUGAUCCCCUUUAUGAUCAGCCAGAACUUCUACCCCCAUGACAGAGUACUGGAGUCCCAGACCUGGAAGAAAGCAGUCUUUGCUGGAGGAGUUGUCAUGGUGUUCUGCUCAUCCUUCCCCCCUGCAUGUGUGUACUAUCUGCUGUGGUCAGUCUCCUACAUUUUGUUCCCAACAUCCCUUUGGAGCAGUAAAGUGUAAAAUGGGUGCUGGCUUUGUCCACAACUCCCAUGUAGGUUAGCCUCUAAGGCCCAUCUGGGUGAACUGAGGCUUCCAGACUGCUGCUGCUCCCUACUGCCAUGGAGGACCCAAGCUGAAACAUGCUCAUGUUCCACAGGCGAACACUCGCUCUAUUUGACCUUUAUUUUGAUGUAACACCUCUAAAACAGAGCCCAGAUUCAAGAGAGUUAGAGUGAGGGGUGAGAAGUGCAUUUUAAUGUUACUAAAGUGAGGAUGAGCCUUCAUGCUGUCUUUUGUCUGUGCUGCAUUUUCAGAUGUCAGAUGGUUUGUUCCACAAAUGUUCAUCAAGUUCAUCUCCCGCGUAAUCUCUCACUUCUAAAUUAGUCUUUCGUCAAUGUUGUGAACACGCAGCAGUAGUGCCACUCAUUUUCUCAAAGGAUGAUAUCCAAAGAAAUGAUUUCAAACUAAAUAAUUACACAUUAUAAUAGAUCUUUGCUUCAAAUUUGGUUAAUUAAAUAUAUCACACAGGAUCAUAACUCUUAUUAUGAUGUGUCUUGAGCAUAAAUUAAUGAGUAACUGUUUGAGUAGGUAAAGCCUUUCGUCAAUCAUAGACAAGAUUUCUCAGCAGCAUUUUAUGAGAUUCAAAUUUCAUAUCCUGUCUUCUUUAUAACACAGUAACGGGCAUUCAUACAGCACUAUCACCAAUUUUGAGUUAACUGUUAAUGUUUGUAUCAGGUUUGAGGUCACAUCACUUUCACGGUAUUCAGGUCAGAAUGUGGGUUUCCUCAAUCCACCGUUUUCUUUUUGUAGGGGUCUAAAAUCCAGUGAUUUACAGUAAGAAAGGUUUUAACGUAAUGAUGCAGUCAUUCCUAAUAUUAGAUUUGCUGUUUGAAUGUUUUCAAAACGCUUCUAUUUUUCUUCUGUGUCAUUUUAUUUGGUCAUUGUAUGUGUUUGCCUCUGUUUUAAGAGGCAUUGCAGUUUAAAUAGCAAAUCCACACUGGACCACGUCUAUGGUAGCCGUUAAAUUUAGGUUGAUUCAGAAAUGCAAAAACAUGUGGGUACAAAUACAGCCAUUUUCUGCAUGGUGAGUCAAUGUGAAUUUACCCCUAAAGAGCAACAACACAGGCUACCCUUGCUGCAAGUUCUGCCUCCACCUUAAAGGUGUUGUAACAUUGCACUACAUGACCACUUCUAGUCAUGCCGCAUUGACACGUAAAACCAAUGAGGCAGUUUCACAAUGUGUAAUUAGGCCUCCUUGCACUACAUGUGUGUGUGAAAACUUAAAAUGACUUAAGUAUAAAUAAAUAAAUGCAUGAAUAAAUGUAUAAAUAAAUGUAUAAAUACAGAAAUUAAUAAAUAUAAGUUAUAACAACAGGACCAAAUUAAAUAAAUGUAUUUCUGUAUUUCUUCAUUUAUUUAUAUCUCUAUGUCCACACGUAUUUAUUUAUGUGUGACAUUUACGUGUCCGUAUAUUCAAAUGAGCUGGGGCGGUCCGAACCUCAUUGUUGAACAGGAUUGGUCAAGUCAGGGAGCAAGACAGAAGCAAUCGAUCCCUAGCACUUGGAUCUGUAGACGAACAGUGUUUAUUUUGCAUUCUUGUCUGUACAUUCUAAAUACUACUGCUGUUGAGUCACGGAAUGUAAUUUAAGGAUGUUUUCAGCCGAGAAGUUAGUAGUUUAAGCAUCAAAUCUGUGGUCGGUUUUAUCGAGAUUCAGCCUAAUAAGGAUAUGCGUCUGAGAUUUGAGGUCCUGCUCGCGGGACCUCUGAGCUCCGGGCGGUCAGCGCGCUGUGUGGCCGCCGAGAGCAGCCUGAUCUCGGCAGGACUUUUUGAAAUGCUCUGCUGGCUCUGACGUCUUCGUAGCGGCUAAACAUGAGAUAUAAUUAGGUUUUGGGGGACCUAAAGAGCACAAAGAGUUUAUUAUUUAUUAAAAGAUAAUGUUACGUCAAUUUGACAGGGUUAAGAUUCAUAAAUUCAUAUUGUAGACUUAUAGUUAUUACCGUUUAUUCGUAGCCUACGCCAAACAACAGUGAACACCGCAACACAUUCUACUCCACUGUAAAGUACUUUACAGUAAAUUCAUGAGCAAGAACAGUUGAUGUGGUGACGUCACAAGACCAGAAAGACCGUCCUGCGUCCUCGAGAGUGGACUCCCAAGACCAGACUCCAAAGGAACACAAGUCUGUACUCAGUGUACAUGGAAUUGAUAAACGGCUGAAGUAAAAAAGCUGUCUAGGCUAACUUCUGCUAACGGUUAGCUGAGCGAGUCAACUUCAGCAUCAUGUGCCAGGCAGAAGUAGUAGAGCACAACACACCAGUGCAUUACACUCCUGUGACCAAUCAUGCUUUAGACAGAGGUUUGGACCGCCCCAGCUCAUUUGAAUAUACGGACACGUAAAUGUCGCACAUAAAUGAAGAAAUACGUGUGGACACAUAAAUAGAGAAAUGUAGAAAUAUAUUUAUUUAAUGAUGUCCUGUUGAUUUAUAACUUAUAUUUAUUUAUUCCUGUAUUUAUACAUUUAUUUAAGCAUUUAUUUAUUUAUACUUGUCAUUUUGAGUCCUCCAUAUGUGUGUGUGUGUGACAAAUUGCUGAAAUUAUACACUACCCAUAUUUAAUUUUGACCUACCUAACUAGUUCAGUGAUUUUUAAUUAUGACUUUUAUGAUUUUAACCCUCUUUAUAAGCAAUAUCAGAACCAAGAAGAGAUGAACAUUUGUAUAAUUUUUUAAAAACUCUACGUAGGAGACUCAACAGUGAGUUAUGAUUUUGAGUUUCCCUCAUAAAGUUUCCUGAGGAAAAACUAAAGCAGAAUUUCUUAAAUCAAGAAAAUUAAACAAAAGCCUGUGUUUUCUGUUUCUGAUAUUGAUCUAAACCCACUGUGGUUCUUGACCUGCACAGUAAAUUCCCCAGUGUUAAAAAUUCAGUGUUAAAUCAUAUUGACUCUUCCAGAGUUAUUAAAACAAUAGCAAGAGUAAAUUGACCCCAGUGUUGUUGUAAGUAUUCUGAGUUAAUUCCCCAGUGUUAAAAAAUCUGUGUUAAAAUAAAUUGACUCUAUCAGAGUAAUUACAACUAAAGCCAGAAUAAAAACCCCAGUGAUGACAAUGUUUACUAUUGCUCUGGAAAGACACUUGGGCGAGUGUUAAUCAAAAUGAACACUUCUCAGUGUAGUGUAGAGUAAAAUAAUAACUUAUCAGAGUUGCGUUAACUCUGAAAUGUUAACAAUAUGUUCAGUAUUACUUUAACACUCUAAAAAUAAGGGACCAUAUGUUCACUGGCUGAGUGUUAAAAUGUACUCUUUAAGUGUUAAAUUUACACUGCCAAUUUUACAAUAACCAAUGAAGUGAACACAUUUCAAAUGUAAAGUGCAGAGUAGAGCUGGGGCGAUAUAAUAAUAAUAAACAAAUAAAAUACCUGACAAAGAGUACUGACUAUUUACCCAUUCAAUUCAGAACUUUAGUGCAAAAUCAUCAAAUCUUCCGAAAUUAUUUUAGUUGCUACGUGCUUGUUAUUAGAAAUUUAGGCAAUAUAAUCAUGUAUCAUGAUAUCUCGAUGUAUGUUUUAAUGAUGAUUUGAUUGCAUAGAAAGACAAGGAAUUAUCAUUGAAUUAUUGCCCAGCCCUAGACUCAGACUGAACACAAAUCUACUGUGGUGCAUUCUGCUUUCCUGUGUGAGUGUUUUGGUUUUCAAACUGUAAAGCUACAAUCAUGUACGCAUGCCAAGAGCAUUACAAAUACAAACAGUGUACUUUGCCCAAUGAUUAAAAGAAGAUCCUAAUGAU